UGCAGUUUUGAAGGAGUUGGCAGAGUCUCCUGCAGGGAUCGCAUCAGUUUCGUUGGGGGGAAAGUCUGCCGAGCGAGGGGAGGACAAGGCAUCACCAGUUUUUGCGGACUUGUCUUGCAAAGUGAUUUAGAGAUGCAGAGCUGCGCCAAGUCCUGGGGCAUCUUCUUGGCCAAGUCGGUGAAUCCCGGCGCACCGUGCAGGCAUCUGAGUGACAAGAGCCGCGUGGUUUGGAAACUUCAGUGCAGGACCCGAAACAGCGUGGUAUCCCAAUCAACAGCAGCCCGGGGUCUGAGGACGUCUGCAGCCGUCUCCUCCAGACAGAUAGAGAGAAUUUUACCCAGACAUGAUGAUUUUGCAGAGAGGCACAUUGGUCCAGGUGAGAGGGAGAAGAGAGAAAUGUUGGAUGCUCUGGAACUCGAGUCGAUCGACCAAUUGAUUGAAAACACAGUUCCAAGCUCCAUCCGUAUACAGCGGAGUAUGAGAAUGGAUGAUCCAGUCUGUGAGAAUGAGAUUCUGGAGUCUCUACAGAAGAUUGCAUCAAAGAACAAAGUAUGGAGGUCCUACAUUGGCAUGGGCUACUACAACUGCUCAGUACCACCGCCCAUCCAGCGUAAUCUCCUGGAGAAUUCAGGCUGGGUGACUCAGUACACGCCCUACCAGCCCGAGGUCGCUCAGGGUCGCCUGGAGUCACUCCUCAACUAUCAGACCAUGAUCUGUGACAUCACAGGCAUGCCUGUGGCCAACGCCUCCCUCCUCGAUGAAGGAACGGCUGCAGCUGAGGCCAUGCAGCUAUGUCACAGACAGAACAAAAGAAGAACUUUCUACAUCGACCCACGCUGCCAUCCCCAGACCAUUGCUGUGGUACAGACCAGAGCCAACUACAUUGGAGUGAAAACCUUGUUGAAGCUGCCCCAUGAAAUGGACUUCAGUGGGAAGGAUGUGAGUGGUGUGCUGUUCCAGUAUCCAGACACCGACGGCAGAGUGGAAGACUUCACAGCUCUUGUGGACCGAGCACACAAGGGAGGGGCACUGGCCUGUUGUGCCACAGAUCUGUUGGCCCUCUGUGUGCUGCGUCCACCCGGGGAGUUCGGUGUUGAUGUUGCACUGGGCAGCUCCCAGAGAUUUGGGGUUCCUCUCUGCUAUGGUGGUCCUCAUGCUGCCUUCUUUGCUGUUAAAGACAACCUGGUCCGGAUGAUGCCCGGCAGAAUGGUUGGAGUCACCAGGGACGCGGCUGGUAAGGAGGUGUAUCGGCUUGCCUUGCAGACCAGAGAGCAGCAUAUUCGCAGAGACAAAGCGACCAGCAACAUCUGCACUGCACAGGCUCUGCUAGCCAACAUGGCUGCCAUGUAUGCACUGUACCACGGUCCUCAGGGACUCAAACAUAUUGCUGAGAGGACACACAAUGCUGCGCUGAUCCUUGCUGAAGGUCUGAAGCGAGCAGGACACAGGUUGCAUAGUGAGACGUUCUUUGACACCCUGAAGAUCACCUGUAGCGUGGCAGCUAAAGACAUUUUUGAGAGAGCUGCUCAGAGACAGAUAAAUCUGAGAGUCUACUCUGAAGGAGUGCUGGGUGUCUCUCUGGAUGAGACGGUGACUGAGCGGGACUUGGAUGACUUGCUCUGGGUCUUUGGUUGUGAAUCUUCAGCUGAGCUGAUUGCUGAGAAGAUGGGUGAGCGGGUGAAGGGGAUCAUGGGAAGUCCUUUCAAGAGGACGAGCAAGUACCUCACACACCAGGUCUUUAACAGUUAUCACUCUGAGACCAAUAUUGUGCGAUACAUGAAACGUCUGGAGAACAAGGACAUCUCCUUGGUGCACAGCAUGAUACCACUGGGCUCCUGCACCAUGAAGCUAAACAGUUCUUCAGAACUCAUGCCGAUCACCUGGAGAGAGUUUGCCAACAUCCACCCCUUUGUGCCUCUGGAUCAGGCUGAGGGCUACCAGAAGCUGUUCAGGCAGCUGGAGAGAGACCUCUGUGAGGUGACGGGCUACGAUAACAUCUCCUUCCAGCCGAACAGCGGUGCUCAGGGAGAAUAUGCUGGCCUGGCUGCCAUAAAAGCUUACCUGAACUCAAAAGGAGAGAGCGCGAGAAGUGUCUGUCUGAUCCCCAAGUCAGCGCACGGCACCAACCCGGCGAGCGCUCAGAUGGCUGGCAUGAAGGUUCAGGUGGUGGAGGUGGACAAGGACGGCAACAUCGACCUGGCACACCUCAAGGCCCUGGUGGACAAACACAAGGCGAACCUGGCAGCCAUGAUGCUCACCUACCCCUCCACGUUUGGUGUUUUUGAGGAGCAUGUCAGGGACGUAUGUGAUCUCAUUCAUGACAACGGUGGCCAGGUGUACCUGGAUGGUGCCAACAUGAAUGCCCAGGUGGGUCUGUGUCGUCCUGGAGAUUAUGGCUCUGACGUGUCCCAUCUCAACCUGCACAAGACCUUCUGUAUUCCUCAUGGUGGAGGAGGACCUGGCAUGGGUCCAAUUGGAGUGAAGGCCCACCUUGCUCCCUUCCUCCCGAGCCACCCGGUGGUCCCCAUGCAGUCAGUCAACACCAGCAGCUCACUGGGCACCAUCAGCGCUGCCCCCUGGGGCUCCAGUGCCAUCCUGCCCAUCUCCUGGGCUUACAUCAAGAUGAUGGGAUCCAAAGGACUGCUUCAUGCCACAGAGGUUGCCAUCCUGAACGCCAACUACAUGGCCAAAAGGCUGGAGGGUCACUAUAAGAUCCUCUACAGGGGCAGGAAAGGUUUUGUAGCACACGAAUUCAUUCUGGAUGUGAGGCCAUUUAAGAAGACAGCUAACAUUGAGGCUGUCGAUGUGGCCAAGAGGCUGCAGGAUUAUGGUUUUCACGCACCCACCAUGUCGUGGCCAGUGGCUGGCACCCUCAUGAUUGAGCCCACAGAGUCGGAGGACAAGGCUGAGAUGGACCGCUUCUGCGAUGCCCUGCUCGGUAUCCGACAGGAGAUUGCGGACAUCGAGGAGGGGAGGAUGGACUCCCGUAUCAACCCGCUCAAGAUGGCUCCUCACUCGCUGGCCUGCGUCUCAUCCUCCAACUGGGACAGACCCUACUCCAGAGAGCACGCUGCUUUCCCCUUGCCCUACAUAAAGCCCGAGACCAAAUUCUGGCCAAGCAUCUCCAGAAUUGAUGACAUAUAUGGCGACCAGCACCUCGUGUGCACCUGCCCGCCCAUGGAGUCCUACGAGUCUCCAUACGAGGAGAAGAGAGCCUCCUCAUAGAUGCUCCCUGUGGUCCAGUCCCAGUGUCAGGCCUAAGCGCUAAAUCCUCACAGACUUUACCACCAAGUGCUGAGUGAAAGUGUGAUAGCUGGGAAAGAGCUCUAAACUAACUGGUGAAAUCACAUCAGACCAGCUGAGGCAGAAGCACCUCUGCUGGCAGUAGUGACACUCACAUUACAGAUCUGGUUUAAUAAAACUGACAUUUUUCCUCACAGAAUAAUUUCCUCAAUAUUAUAGUAUGAUUGAUCAAAUUCGGCAAAAAUAAAUCAAUACUGUCAGGCUCCUCAUGGGACAAAAAACUUGACAUUCCUUACUGCUAUUGUUUUCUUCCAGCUCUGUCAAAGUUAAUUUUUGAUUUCAGACUUCCCCUGUUUUUAACAUUAGCACCCUAGAAAUUGCGAUUAAUUCCCUCAAGCAGAGCCUGCAGCAGGGCUACAAGCAGAUCAUGCUAAGGCUCCAAAAGUCUACAAGAGAUUUUACAAUGGGACAGGCCUGAGCUCUAGCUGACUUAUUCCAAAUGAGUGUGAAAGUCUGUGAGGUGGAAACUGGGACUGGGACUGGUACGCAUUUUACUGGGAUCAUGGAGUUUUCCUCUGCUCGAACUCUUCAGUGGACCAAAGGCGCAACGUUUGCUUCUCAAGGUCACAAAACAAGUGCACCCUUUGACACCAGGGCAGCGCUGUAACACAUCUCUGAAAAACUGUACAAUAAGUUGAGUACAGUUAAUUUCUAGACUCCCAACAACUAUAAAAAAAUGCCCUUGGUGCCUAAUUGUCUGUUCUGUAAAAUAGCUGCCUUCACUAUCCCCCUUUUUUUCCCAAGUACCAGACAAAACAUAGGAGGUAGUUUAUUGUAGACUUGUUAAUAUUCAUCUGUUGUAUGAAAAUAUGUUAAUGUGUUUUGUGGCAUUUGUUGACAGUAGAGGAUGGUUUUAAUUUUAAAUUAAUUAUUUUCUAAUCUAAACUGUUUGUCCAAAACGGUGUCUGAAUUAAACCUUUGUCUUAAAUUGUGCAUGUUUUUUUAUGAUGGGGUGAAGGUCUCAUUUUAUGUGACACUGCCACCCAGUGGUGAAUGGUACACUUUUCAAAGCAGUCUGCUGAAAUAGAUCACAAGAUGUUAAGCUAAAGUGUUUCCCUGAAUAUUCACUGCGUCUUUUAUCCUAAAUUUAACUGGACCUUGUUGACAAAUUGAUUGAUUUAUUUCCACAGUAGAUAUUUAUAUGUAUGGAUUUAAAUGAUACAUGUUGUUUGCUAAAAAAGCCAAACAUUCCCUGCCCCCCCCCAACUGGGAGAUCUGCAGCUUUUCUUUUCUUUUCUUUUUUGUCUAAUAUUAGAGUUUUGGACUGCUGGUUUGAACAAAACAAGCUAUUUAAUGACAUAACUACGUUUUAGUAAAUUGUGAUGGGCCACAUUCACUGUUUUCUGACAUUUUGUGGAAUAAACAACUGAAAAACAGA